AUGGCCGUCCUCAAACGUGGUAUACCCAAGCAGCAGUAUAUGCGAGUCGAUGAGGAGGUCCUCUAUUGGAUCGGGGUCAGGAAACCUGCCAAUGACUCCCCUAGUAACAUUGGCUAUCAGCCUCUUCUACUCGCGUUGAGUGAUCAAAUGUUGGCUGUUGGGCUGUGCUAUCUCAUCGCCAUGUAUGCACAAGUCUGCAAGGUAUCACUCUACUCCUUCUUUAUCGGCGCUCAGCUGGGCUAUUUAUCAUCCACUGUUCACUUAUGCAGGCUGCUAGUGCUGAAGUCAUAUUUCAGAAAACAUCCAAAGCAAGCACUCUUGCGUGGUGGCUUGAUGAUACUAUUCCUGGGACUCCUCAUGGUAAGCCUGAUCCUAGAGUUCAUUACACUACCCGAGCCGCGCAACAGGCUAUUCCUCUGCGGCCUUCACUAUCCGGCAUCAACUCGUCUAGAAUCAAUGGGUGUCAGAUGUUUCUCAAUUGCUGUGAUGCUGGCCUUUGUCUACUGGAACGCUUUUCGAUCGAUCAAACUGGACAACUCUCUAAGAUACGAAGUCGAGAACAACACUUCCAAGAACACGAUUCUGCGAUGGAUAUACUUGGGCGGUCAACGAGAGGUAGACUUUCAAGAGCGGCAACUGGAACGAAGCACUGGGUUUUGGAAACCCUUCAACAUCGUGACACCGCUUAUUGUGGCCGAGAUGGCUGCCUCAGUUCUGUUUGAGUUGCUGGUCGCCAUCUUCUCCUUUUCAAUUGCCUUGUACACACUGGUCACUGGUAUUUUCUAUCAAGGUGCCGACAUCAAGCCGCUAUUGACCGCGAGCUUUGGGCAGAUUAUGCCUAUGCUGCUUCUUAUUGUUAUUGCUCUGACAGCAGUCGAGGUUGGCACAAUCAAGAACUUUCGGAGAAUUGAGAUUGAGAUCGAUAUCGAGAUGAAGAAACAUGCCGCCCUAUUUCACAAUGCUCCAAGAGGAGGUCCGGGACUAGAGAGCGAUGCUGUGCUCUCGAGCCGAGUACAGUCGUUCAACUUACAGAACAGCAUGGCCGGCGCUGCAGAGGAUAUGUCGUUGCAAAACCCACCUAAAACCUAUGGGACCUCAGUAUUGCCUAUGGCUGCUGCAUCUCAUAGUCAACCAGACCUCUCAGGCACUGCUGGCUUUGGCACAAGAGUCGACUCAAUGACCAGAUGGAUGGCACCAAGGAGAACGAUUGCAAUAGAAUUAGAAGAGGGGAAAAGGUCAAAAGGAAUAACCUAUGCUGCGAUCUGCCUUGUUCUCUUCCUCUUGGCUGGAUAUUUUGUUGCAUGCUUUCUCUUCUACCAGUAUGUGCGUCCUCGAGGCAAAAUCGAAGUUACGUACUAG